CAUCCACUCAAUUGGACGUGUGAGUAUGGAUGCCAAAGCUGCAUCAAUGGACGCCAAAGACCUGCAGCUUCUAUCCAGAAUCGAUGAGCUUCAGGCGAGUCUCUGUCGCCAGCUGCAAGAGAGCCACGAGGCCAUCCUGGCGGCGGUCCGGCCGAUGGAGCGCGCGGAGCGCAGCGCGCCGCGCGAAGCGGUGACGCCCAAGAAGGCAGGGACCAACGAAGAUCACCGCAUGUCCCGGGUAAAAUCGGAGAAUUUUGCGGUGAACCGGACCAUCUCUGGACGGCCGCGAUUGGUCAAGAAGAUCCAGGACACCGCGAUGACCAGGAGGCUGACGAACCCCAUCAGCGGUAGCACCUACCACGCCAAGCUCAGGUCCUUCGUGACUUCAGGGCCUUUGGACCUGAUCGUGGGUUGUGUGCUUUUGGCCAAUGCGGCGGUUCUCGUCUAUGAGC